AAUCCCUGGUGUGAGGCAACGUCUCAGCCUUCCAAUAAUGAGUUGAAGGCCUCGGUUGUAGAAUGUAUUCCUUCCUGUAGGCGAGGUCCAGUUCCAGGUUUUGUGGCGGCCUGAGAGCGAGUGUGUGUCAGGCAGGCAACGUGAAGACAGCAGCAGAAAGACUAUGGCCGCCUCUCUGACUCUGACUCAGCUCUCCAGUGGAAAUCCCAUUUACGACAAAUACUAUCGGCAGGUUGAUCCCAGGGGCAGCGGGAAGGUGGUCGCAGCUGAUGCAGCUCUAUUCCUGAAGAGGUCGGGCCUGGCUGAUCUGGUUCUGGGCAAGAUCUGGGAUCUGGCUGACGCAGAAGGCAAAGGUUUUCUAAAUAAACAGCAAUUUUUCAUUGCGGUGCGUUUGGUGGCGUGUGCUCAGAAUGGCCUGGAGGUGGCACUCAAGAGCCUUAAUGUGGCUGUUCCUUCACCUAGAUUUCAUGAAACAAACAGUCCACUGUUAGCAGGUGGGGCUGCUGUUGAUCUUCCCUGGGUGGUAAAGCCUGAAGAGAAGUUGAAGUUUGACGCCAUCUUUGACAGUCUUGGUCCAUUAAACGGCAUGUUAACAGGGGACAAAGUCAAGCCGGUCCUGCUCAACUCUAAACUGCCAGUGGACAUUUUGGGCCGGGUGUGGGAGCUCAGUGACAUUGACAGAGAUGGCAUGUUGGACAAAGAGGAAUUCUCUGUGGCCAUGUAUCUGGUUUACAGAGCUCUGGAAGGAGAAUCUGUUCCCAUGACCCUCCCACCUCCCUUGAUUCCACUCUCCAAGAGGAAAAAACCCGUGAUACCUCCUGUGAUGCCCUUGUUACCCUCUCCCCCUUCUGUCAAAGACAGUCGCGCCUCCCAUGCUGGCUCUAAGACCGUGCCCCAUCCCUCUAAACUUGCCCCUCCUCCUGUCCCGGUGCCAACAGCCGCGCCUUGGGUGGUGUCACCAGCGGACAAGUCCAAAUAUGACGAAAUCUUCAACAAGACAGACGCAGACAUGGAUGGGCUUGUGUCCGGACCUGAAGUCAGAGAUAUAUUCCUCAAAACUGGGCUGCCUUCUGCUACGCUUGCACACAUCUGGGAGCUUUGUGACAUUGGCGACAUUGGAAAACUGACCCGAGAGCAGUUCGCCCUGGCACUCCAUCUGAUCAAUCAGAAGUUGAAGAGAGGCCUAGAUCCUCCACAGAGCCUCUCGCUGGAGAUGAUCCCUCCCUCUGACAGACAGAACAUCAAACAGAACAACCUGGCAAACCUGUCAGCAGACUUUUCUGCUAUCAAGGAGUUGGAUUCGCUUAGCAAUGAGAUUGUUGAACUACAAAGGGAAAAAAUCACAGUGGAAGAGGAAAUCAAGGAGAAUGAAGAGGCUAUCCGUGAGCGCAGCAGCGAGGUCCAGGACUUGCAGGAUGAGGUGGCAAGAGAGAGCAAGGAUCUGCAUCAACUCCAGACUCAGCGUCAGAAGAUCCAGGAGGCUUUGGAGGAGCUGGACCAACAGAAGGUCUCCCUGGAGGAGCAGUUGGCUUACAUCCGCAAACAGACCAACCAAGAGACCCAACUGGUGGGUCUGGCAGAAAUCCCUGAAAACCGAAUUUCAUCGCUGCAGUCAGAGCACAAGGAGCAGGAGCAAAGAAUAAAUCAUUACGAGGAGGAGUUGGUCCAGGCUAGAGAAGAGCUUCUGGCUUUGCAGCAGGAGAGCAGAAGGUUGCAGGAGAAGGUCCAAGCUGCUCAGGAGCAACUCACACCUUUGCAGGAAUCUGUGCGUGACUCUUUCACACAAGUGUCCCAGGUUCAACAGAAACUGGACGACCUUCAGGUGGAGGAGAGGUCGGUGUCGGCUCAGCUGAGCUGGAAGAGAGCUCUUGAAGACAAUUCUCCCGUCAUGGUCAAUGGAUCACCAGGGCCCAUGCCAAAGCGGAAUCACAGAGAACCAUUACAGGAGGACCUCUGUCAGGAGGACCAACUUCAAGGGCUAAAAGAAGAUAAAACUGUUGAUGGAUCACACAAACAGAAAGAACUCUCAGAACAAACAGAGAAAGUAGUGAAUGAAGAAAAACAGGAAGAGAAGGAGGACACGCAACCCAAGACACCAGAAGAGGAAAAACAGCAACCUGAUGCCCUGGAUGACCUCAUGAAUAGUUUAGCCUCUUCUGAGAUGUACACCCUCACUAAACCCCAGGAGAAAAGUGACAAUGAAUACUAUAAUCUUUCACCUGACAUCUCCUCAGAAGUCCAAGAUGAUGUGGCACAGUCAUCCAACACAAACCAAUCAAAGGUUGUGAUACCAGAACCAGAGGUUAAACAGAAACCUACAGAGCCUCCAGAAAUCAAAGCAUUCUCCUUGUCAACACAAGUUGGUCCUCCUUGCUCAGUGCCAGCCCUGCCUGAGAUGGACUUCUUUGAUUCAGACCCGUUCACCGAUCAUGAUCCAUUUAAAAACGAUCUGUUUGGAAAAACGGAUGUUGCAAAAUCGGAUCCAUUUGGAGGAGAUCCUUUUAAAGGAUCAGACCCUUUUGCUGCUGAUGGUUUCUUCACACAAUCCACCAGCAGCCACGUGCCCACGGAAGACCCCUUUGCCGGCUCAACUGACCCAUUUGUUAGCACUACUGGUGUGCCAGAACCAGACCUAUUUGCAGCCAAGCGCAACGACCCUCCUCCAGCAACGACAGAAGAGCCGGACCCUUUUACUUCUCAACGUACAAAUGUAACUCUACCAGCCACACAUCCAUUCAAAUCUGAAAGCAACGACACGGACAAAUUGGAUCCGUUCUGUCACAAGUUGAACUCCAUCGUAGUGGCGGAUCCGUUUGGUUCUGAAUAUGGAGGGAAAGAUCCGUUUAACAGUUCUCCACCAACUGCUAGGCUGGUAUUGGACAACACAGCAUCAGCCAAUGAUCCUUUUGCUCCAGGUGGUACCACGGGAAGCGCCAACUCAGACCCCGAUCCAUUUGCCGCAGUGUUUGGGAAUGAGUCGUUUGGAGGGGGCUUUGCAGAUUUCAGUGCACUUGCAAAGUCAAAUUGUGCUGAUCAGUUUGGCAUCAACAAUAAGAACUUGUUCCAGGACGACAGCCAGUCUGCAAAUGCUGAUGUUCCCCCAGCCCUACCCCCCAAAACGGGUACGCCAACUAGACCACCCCCUCCACCUCCAGGUAAGAGAUCUUCCCUCUCCAGAACUGAGUCCUCAGACUCCUUCCAUCGACGAGGGCAUUUCCUGCCGCAGACCUCAGGAGAUUUCUCCUCCUCUUCUUCCUCCUCCUCUCUGCCUGCCAAGGAUCCCAUAGCCGACCCCUUCGCCCCUUCCUCCCCUCCACGUCAGCACAUACAGGAAGGUGACCGAUUUGCCAGCUUUGACAAAUACCCAACGGAGGAAGACAUGAUCGAGUGGGUAAAGCGCGAGAGCGAGCGAGAGGAGAAAGAGCGUCUGGACCGGCUCACCCAGCAGGAGCAAGAAGACUUGGAGUUGGCCAUCGCUCUCAGCAAGUCUGAACUCUCCUGAGGGAAUUUCCACCUUUGCCCUCCCCUUUUCCUUUCCUCAAAAUCCUGGCAAAGCCUGUUUAAGCACCAAAGCAAAAAAGUGGACCUAAACCAAUGUUGCCCAUAAGACUGGCACACAACUGGUCAAUCCAGAAUGUAACUUAUUCUUAGACUUGCACUCCCAUGCUAAAGUUUGAUCAACUAACCAACUAAUAACAGUCACUUAUAAGAACAUCAUUACUAAUAACUUUUAGCAUUCUCCAAUGUUCAGAAUAUCAGCAGUAAAGCGGGUUUAGCUCAUUCAAAGUGAAACAUCUGGACUGUGGCAGCCAUAAUCACUGAAUGUGAUUUUAUUUCAUGUUUCAAAACCAGAUGACAAAUGUUGGGCAUGUUGUCUUGACGUGUGACGUGCAUGCCAGGUUCUUACUAUAAAAUAAAAUAAAUAGACCAUAUUGGUAUAACUAAACAGUAGCGAAUUGUCCAGGAUGUAGCCCGCCUUCCUCCCGAAUGCAGCAGGGAUAGGCUCCAGCCCCCUCGUGACCCUGAGGAGAAGCGGUAAAAAAUGGAUGGAUGGAUGGCUGGUUCAUCUUAGUAUUGUGUUGGAGCAAAGCAUUAAAAGCAACAUUAAGAUUAUUUGUAUUUUCAGAUAUUAAGUCAACUGGCUCUCUUUGUCAUUGCAAAUAAUAAAAUACCACUGCUGUCCAAAAAAUACCCAUCUGUGCUAUUCCGUUACUGCCGUUUUAUCAUUGUUCACACCCAGCUUGGUGAGAUUUGGACAAGGUGGGGGCAACUGGGUGCAAUCAAUAGUCAGAAGGUGUAUUUUAGAAUUAAAGGUACUUCAAAACCUUAACAGCAGAAACGGAAAUGUUUACUGCACAAAUGAAUGGAAGUGGUGACAAGGGGGCCAGCUUUACACAGGUGUAACACAACUAUAUAUAUAAUUUCUAUGUCAUAUUUUAAAAUGGAAUUCAUUUUUGAAGUACAGUUACAAAAGGGUUAGUGUGAUUGUUAAACUUUUUUGUACGACCUGUUUAAGCCCUUUGGUGUGGAUGAAAUAAAUGCAUAGAUUAUAAACGAGCACAGAUGUGAUGGCGAGAGAUCAUAAUGUCAUGUAGUGAAGGCUAAAGGCUCAGCAAAUGCAUGCAGCCAAGUACUCAAGCUAAAAAACCUAUACCUCCCCUCACCUAGAAGCAACUUGACAUGCAGUAAACUACAACCAUAAGAAUCAAAUCCUAAAAGAAUAUCUCCAACACAAUGUUGACAUCUACAGUAGUAAUGUAACUUCCAGGUGUUAUUGAUAUAUUAUGUCAAUUAUUCACUUACAGUACAGGCCAAACGUUAGGACACACCUCCUCAUUCAAUGCCUUUUCUUUAUUUUCAUGACUAUUCACAUUAUAGAUUGUCACUGAAGGCAUCAAAACUAUGAAUGAACACAUGUGGAGUUAUGUACUUAACAAAAAAGGUGAAGGUGAAAUAACUGAAAACAUGUUUUAUUUUCUAGUUUCUUCAAAAUAGCCACGUGUUCAUUCAUAGUUUGGAUGCCUUCAGUGACAAUCUACAAUGUAAAUAGUCAUGAAAACAAAGAAAACCCAUUGAAUGAGAAGGUGUCCAAACUUUUGGCCUGUACUGGAUGUUGUCAUUGGUUUCAAAUUACAGAAUACCAGAAGAAAGUGACUGUCUUUAUUCCUCUAAAUGCCCUUCCUCUUCUGCCUGUACCCCCUUUGCUAUUUGUAGCCUGAUAUGAGACUCGUUGUUUUCUCUUUACUUGCUCGCAGUUUACUUGUAUUUUUUUUGUAAAUACAGUACAAGAGUAUCCCGGGCAUCACACCUCAUUUUGUACAGACUGUUUCCAACCAGCAACCACUGUUUUUACUCCAAGGCAUGCUCACAAAUUGUAUUAUAUCUCUUUUCUGACAAAUAUGUAAUGCACUAAAUUAAAAAAGAAUAAAUAUUUGA